UUGACAGCAAAACAGACAACAUAAAUCACAAGCAAAAAGGAGGAAACAUCAGGCGUCCGGGGUUUUCUUUGCACUCAGCUGCUGACGAUGGCUCGAAUUUUUGCCAAAAAAGAUCUACUCCGUGGCUAGAAUGGAUCCUUUUUGUUAGUGAUUGGAAGAGUUAACUCGGGUCUGUAAAAACUUCACUUAUUUUUUGGCGAAGUGGUGUGUGAAAUCACGGUUUCUUUGGCACAAGACCCUGGUGAAGAUUUCAUGUCAAUGUCGAAUGCUGCGGGACUAAAUACUAGAGACAUUUUGGUGAAUAGUGGGCCAGUGCAAAUAUGUAUCAGCAGGUGUAGAAGCCCAGGAAGAUCAUCACAAAGUUUCGAUUGAUUGUGGCUUGCUGUGUUGGCUGUAUACCUAUUAUCAAUAUUUACUUAAGUGCGGUGAGAAGAAACUUCCCUAGAAGAAGAGAAUCUAUUCUAGUAGCGGUGUGACACCAGGGGCAUUGUGUGCCGUUAUGUGUGAGAAAUGCUUUCGAUUUGUACUAUGAAAGAGCCCCGACAAGGAAAGUGAAGAGUAUAUGUUGACCUACCUAUCUACAACACAAACCACCCGUGCGAAAAUAUUAAUUAUAAUCAAGCGAAGCAUUACAAAUAAUCUGAUCAACGCAGAUAGAAAAAAAGUAAAAAUAGUAAACGUAUAGUGGCUGGAUUAAGCGUUUCUUUAUUUAGUUGUUUAAAUAAAGAGCAGAAAUAAUGAUGGAUUUGCGGAAGGAACAUAUAUCUUUGCUGCUGCCCAUUGGCGAGUCCGUCAGUGGCACUGGGUCGAGGAAAAGUCUGAAAAGACAUUGGAAUCAACUGUCUCGUUUUCAAAAAAACCUAAUCUGGAUCGUACUGGUGGCCGUGUGUAUUUUCGUGUUUUUCCUUAUCCCGUACGAUGACGCUGCCAGUCGGGAGUCCCGUAUUGCCGAAGAAAUGGAGCACAUCCAAAUCGCUCCUUUCAAAGAUCGGCACGAACAUCUAGGCUCCCUACAUUUAGCUGCAGCAGAUACAGCUCUUCAUGAUAAACCGAUUCCCGGCCGCAGCUUCCGUUCAACGGAUGGCAGCGAAGUGAAGGAAGUCAACUUGCUUGGGUCACAGAACAGCAACAAUGACAUGCGUGGCCGUGGAGAAGAAAGUAAAAAUAUAAUUGAUGAACCUCCGGCAAUGGAUACCAGGCCUAAUAACAAUAAUGACGAUAAUCGACAACCUUUGGUAGAACAGAAGCUAGACGAACCGGAGGUCAACGCCGGUGGCGAGAUGGUUAAUGACGAGGGGGUCACGUUGCAGGUUAUACAAAACGAGCUAAAGGAAAUUGUCGACAACAACGAGGAGAACGUGCUGGAGGAGAAUCGACGUAGUGACAAUGCUAAAGAUUUCAAGGGACCGACGAACGAAAGGCAGCGAGCUGUGAUAGAAGCAUUCCUGCACUCGUGGAGAGGCUACAAGGAGUUUGCUUGGGGCCAUGACAAUCUCAAACCGAUCUCAAUGAGCUAUUCCGACUGGUUCGGACUGGGACUGACCAUUGUAGAUAGCUUAGACACGUUGUACAUAAUGGAUCUACAGGAAGAAUAUGACGAGGCUCGAAAUUGGAUCGAUCAGUACUUGCGAUUUGAUGUCAAUCGAGACGUAAAUCUGUUCGAAGUGACCAUUCGAGUGCUGGGAGGAUUGCUGAGUACAAACCAUCUGAGUGGGGAUAAAAUGUAUUUGGAUAAGGCUCUGGAUUUGGGCCAACGGCUGUUACCAUGCUUUGAUUCGCCGUCGGGUAUUCCGUACUCGGAUGUCAACAUCGAAACCAUGAAAGCGCAUCCACCGAAGUGGUCACCGGAUAGCUCCACCAGUGAGGUAACAACGCUGCAGUUGGAGUUCAGGGAUCUUUCCAGAAGUACAAAUGAUCCCGCUUUUGAAACGGCUGCUGCCAAGGUUAAUGUCAAAGUCCAUGAACUGGAGAAAAACGAAGGAUUGGUUCCUAUUUUCAUUAACGCGAACACUGGACAGUUCCGUAACUUUGCAACAAUUUCUCUUGGUGCUCGUGCUGAUUCCUAUUAUGAGUAUCUCGUAAAGCAGUGGAUCCAAACCGGAAAGAAGAAUGAUGAUUUCCUUGCUGAUGAUUAUCGAACAGCGAUCGGAGGGGUAUUACAUCAGUUGGUCCGUGUCACACCUAGAGAAAAGCACCUCUACAUCGGAGAACUUAUCAACGGUAAAGAUUUCAAACCGAAAAUGGAUCAUCUUACGUGCUAUCUACCGGGCACGCUGCUCUUAGGCUACAAAAAUGGCAUGCCAAAGAGCCAUCUAAAGUUGGCAAACGAUCUUUUGGAGACAUGCUAUCAAACCUACAUGAAGCAGCCAACCCAGUUGGCUCCGGAAAUUUCCUACUUCAAUCUGAAUGGGGAAUCCGAUUCGGACAUCUACGUGAAAACGAAUGACGCUCACAACCUUCUACGGCCAGAAUUCAUCGAGAGUUUAUACUACUUCUACGCCAUCACCGGUAACAAAACCUAUCAGGACAUGGGUUGGACCAUCUUUGAGGCCUUCAACAAGUAUACCAAAGUGAAGAACGGGUAUACGUCCAUCGGAAAUGUUAAAAAUCCUCUCAACACCCGCCCUCGAGACAUGAUGGAAAGUUUCUGGCUGGGCGAAACGCUGAAAUACUUUUAUCUGCUGUUCAGUGACGAUCGGAACGAGAUCGAUCUGGAUAAGUACGUGUUCAACUCGGAGGCGCACCCGCUGCCCAUCCGAGACGACUGAAAAAGCCGUUUCCAUCCGCUGCACAUUGGGCUGGCCUACUGUGAACCGUGCAGAAGAAUAGACAAUUUUUUUAGAUCCCUUCACAAUUCCACUUCCUUUUUCCACAGAAUGAUGUUGCGUGAUUAAUAUUUUGUAUGAUAGUUUCCACUAGAUGGCUAGAAUUUGAUAAAUUAUGAAGGCACUAUGGAGGGUCAUUCCAUAAAAAGGGUUCAUGCCACAUGUGAUCGACCAUCUCGGAAUCGAACAAUAUGAUUGUAAAUGUAGGCAAUAUAACCAUCGACAGUAUUUGGGGUGUUGAUGAGAAUACAUUUUUCAGCUAUCUUUAGUUUAAGAUUAAUCUACGAUUGGAGGUGUCCUAUUUGUCAUCUAACAGAAGAACCGUUAUUACCUAUGUAUAUUAACAGCGAUCGCGCUGUUGUAUUUUGUACAACACGUUGAAAUAAUCUCGCUUUUUGUACUCCCCAUUAGCGUGAUCCUGGCGGUGGUGGCCAAUCGCGCGAGUUACGGAAGGUUAAAAGAUCAUGUAGGCAUAAAUCAGCCUUCGAUCUGUUUUGAACAACUUUUAAGGUCAACUGGAGCGUCAUUUGGCAUAAGGUCGUCUUUAUACCAAGUGAUCUUAUGCCAAACGGCAUUAUGCCAUAUGGCACAGACCCAUUUGGCAUGAUACCAAGUUGUUUGGAAUAACAACAAUCGCCAAUCGUCCCAAUGUGGCAUUUAAUUUAUAAGCACAACUUAUUGGACAAGCAUUUUUGAUGACAGGUAACUUCGGGAGGAUAUUUUUAGCUCAACUUUUACAUGGAGUCUGCAAAGCUCAUCACUUUUGAUGACAUUAUGAUUCAAUUUUAUGAAAACAGAGCAAUAUUCUGGGAAGGUCGAUUGCACAGCAUUUUGCCAAUCGUUUGAUAUGGAAUGAUUUCCACGACACAAACACUCGUUUCUAAGAGAAAAAAAAAUAUUAAUAGGUAGUUAAUUGGUUGUUAAAUAGUAGUGUAAAACUUAAUAAGGCUAUAAUCCCCGUAUCCACACUGAAAAGACUUUAAACUAGGUAGAUCCUCAGUUCCAACAUUUUUGUAUCCACAAUAAGUAAAAUCGAUUCCAUGAAUUUUAAUUCUCAAAAACGAAAAAAAAAAAACGAGUCGGCAAUUAAUGGAAAGAAUUAGGUAAUGUGGCAGGCUAUCUAGGGUAAGCUUGAAAAGUGAACAACGCAGUCUAGUCUCUCGGAAACAUAAUAUGCGAUAGCAGAGUAAGUGUAGUCUGUAAGUGGGAGGGAAAUGUGUAAACAUUGAAGAAUUUUAUCCGAAAUUCUUAUAGAGGUAGCCGCGAACCUGAUUGUCAAAAUUUGUAUCGUCAUUGAUAUUAAACCGAAGUUGAAUAAAAGUCAAACUUGGCAUGUCAUUUUUA